GCAGCCAUGUUCUCUGAGGUAAGCGCCCCUCGGGAGGGAUCGAGUUCUCUUCUGUUGUGUCGUCCUGGCUCUGAGGACCCGGAGCCCUCUGUGUUUGACAGGGUCCAGCCGGCUUACUCACCAUGCGCUGAGCGCUUCAAGCUGGGGGAGCGCAGCUUUAACCGCCAGUAUGCACACAUUUACGCCACACGACUCAUGCAGAUGAGCCCCCUGCUCACGGAGAGGGCCCAGCAGAAAUGGGGUACGUGACACCUAGCUCUCCAAUUUGCUGCAACAGUUAAUACACCAAUACCUUAAGAGUAAACUCUGUCCGGACUCUCUCCCUGUCAGGUGCAGAUGUACGGGUCAGGAAGCUGUGUGAUCUGCAGAUGGGUGAGCAGUGUUGCAUUGUGGGAACCCUGUUCAAGCACAUGGAGCUGCAGCCAUCCAUUCUGAAGGAGAUCAGUGAGGAAGUGAGAAGUUGCUGCCAUAGAAUCAGACUUUGAUUGUCAUGAAACAUUUAAUGCCAACAUGGGGGAUAGUUUGCCAAAGUCUGUAUACUGGUUCUGGUAGUAACUCUUCAACUACAUCUCUCUCUCUCUCUCAGCACAACCUGCUGCCCCAGCCUCCGCGCACCAAGUACAUCAGCGAAUCAGAUGAGUUGAUACUGGAGGACGAGCUGCAGAGGAUCAAACUAGAGGGCAAUAUUGACGUGGAGAAGUUUGUCACAGGUUUCUGUCUCCUCUGUACCUUCUACCUAUUGUAUCAGGAUAGACAAGUUUGUCUCAGUUCUCCUGAUCAUGUAAUUAUGACCACCUCCUUUGUUUUGUUGUUAUUAUUUAUGUUUCUCUCUCUCCUUUCUCACUCUUAGGUAGUGUUAUUGCUAUUUACGGUGCAGAGAAGAAUGAUGGGAAAUUCACAGUGGAGGAUUUCUGUACUGCUGACCUCCCCCCGCAGACCCCCAGAACCACCCUCAGCUCAGACAGGUACACAGGCCACCUAACCUUGUGAAAUGUCAAACUUUAAUAGUGUUGUCACAAUACCAGUAUCAGUAAAGAAACAAAAUGGGAAGCGGACCUCAAUUCUAGAGGAAAACAGCUUUUAUGUUGUCACCCAGAGUCACAUUUGUUUGUUUUACAAGCUAUAUCACACAAUAUUUAACAAAAGUAGGUUUUAAAGGACCAUAGAGUUUAGUCUGCUUUGCCAAGGAAAAUGUGUGAUUGUGACAACACUAAACUGUAAUAUAUUCUGUUGUGUGUAGGUUUGUGCUCCUGUUGUCAGGUUUGGGUCUGGGCGGUAGUCAUGCAGACAGUAUGCUGGCUUUACAGCUGCUUGUUGACAUGGUAACGGGUCAACUAGGUGACCAGGGGGAGCAGAGUGGUGCGGCGACCAUCUCCAGGGUCCUACUGGCCGGGAACCUUCUGAGCCAAAGCACACAGGACAAGGACGCAUCCACCAAGGUGAGGGGACUUAUUUAGCUGUGACACCAAUUCAUUUAAGUUGAGGAGGAAGGGAACUAUUACCAUAGCUUACACUUAUCAAAUCCUUUCAGAUAUAGUAGAAGUGUCUUGACCUAGAGGCUACAGGUUAAUUUUGAACUGUCCAGUGUGUGUAUGAUGUUUUCCUAACUGUAUAUUGUCCCUCCAGGCUAAGUACUUGACUAAGAAAACCCAGGCAGGCACUGUGGAUGCCAUGCGUCUGCUAGAUGAGAUGCUGAUGCAGCUGGUGGUGAGUUCCACCUACACCUGGGAUGUCACAGCCUAGGCAAUAUUUCUAUAGUUUGCCAUAGAAUGUGCCAUUCAUUCAACAUUAAAUUAUCUGAAGUGUGUGUGUGUCCUCCUCUCCUUUAGGCAUCAGUCCCAGUGGAUGUGAUGCCGGGCCAGUAUGAUCCUACUAACUACACCCUGCCCCAGCAGCCCCUACACCACUGUAUGUUCCCCCUCUCCUCCACCUACCCCACCCUGCAGCUGGCCUCCAACCCACACCAGGCCACCCUGGACGGGGUGAGGUGAGUCUCAACAACCCUGGGGCUGCUGGACCUAGGGCUUAGAAACAUUUUGUUUGUUUUGACCAACUUCACAAAAGCAUUCUCUGUGCAAGAGUAAUGUGGCCACUAUUUUCAAGUGGGAUUUGUAUUGCCAUAACCUUUUGCAUUAAGCUAGCUAAUGUAUUUCCUGAUGCCCUUUGUACUACAUAAACUCAGCAAAAAAGAAACGACCCUGUCUUUAAAAGAUAAUUCGUAAAAAUCAAAAUAACUUCACAGAUCUUCAUUGUAAAGGGUUUAAACACUGUUUCCCAUGCUUGUUCAAUGAACCAUAAACAAUUAAUGAACUUGCACCUGUGGAACGGUUGGUAAGACACUAACAGCUUACAGACGGUAGGCAAUUUAAGGUCACAGUUAUGAAAACUUAGGACACUAAAGAGGCCUUUCUACUGACUCUGAAAAACACCAAAAGAAAGAUGCCCAGGGUCCCUGCUCAUCUGCGUGAAUGUGCCUUAGGCUGCAGCAAGGAGGCAUGAGGACUGCAGAUGUGGCCAGGACAAUAAAUUGCAAUGUCCGUACUGUGAGACGCCUAAGACAGCGCUACAGGGAGACAGGACGGACAGCUGAUAGUCCUCGCAGUGGCAGACCACGUGUAACAACACCUGCACAGGAUCGGUACAUCCGAACAUCACACCUGCAGUACAGGAUGGCAACAACAACUGCCCGAGUUACACCAGGAACGCACAAUCCCACCAUCAGACUGUCUGCAAUAGGCUGAGAGAGGCUGGACUGAAAAUAAAUGCAGUUGACAUUGAGAGGACGUUUCUUGUUUUGCUGAGUUUAUAUGUGCUAGCUAGAUUUAAGUUGUGUUGUGUAUGUCAUGUGAAGUUGUCUGUGAGGAGCCAAUGCAAAGGUCUUCCCUGUGUGUCCCUGUGGUGUUGCCGUAGGAUCCUGGGGACAUCGGGGCAGAAUGUAAAAGACAUCCAGAAGUACAGCAGCAUGGACAGUCACCUGGAGAUACUGGAGAACACACUGAGGCUUAGACACCUUGCCCCUACUGCACCUGACACACUGGGUAAGAACACACACACUUUCUCUCUCACUCUCGCCGGUUAUACAGACUAAGGUACAUGGCUUAUCUCUUGUUGUUCUCUCAGGUUGUUAUCCGUUCUACCUGAAGGACCCUUUCAUCCUGGAGGAAUGUCCUCAUGUCUACUUCAGUGGCAACGCCCCCUCCUACCAGGCCAAACGCAUCACAGGUGAGUCCCCACCGUUACUGGAAACUUGGCAUGACUGUUUAUUCACAUUGCAGUGUACUGGUCCAGAUUUCCACAAUGAUAGUUGACAGUUGCCGGUCCUUUCUACACUGAACAAAAAUAUAAAAGCAACAUGCAACAAUUUCAAAGAUUUUACUGAUUUACAGUUCAUAUAAGGAAAUCAGUCAAUUGAAAUAAAUUCAUUAGGCCCUAAUCUAUGGAUUUCACAUGACUGGGAAUACAGAUACCUUAAAAAAAGGUUAGGGUCGUGGAUCAGAGAACCAGUCAGUAUCUGGUGAGACCACCAUUUGCCUCAUGGAGCGUGAUACAUCUCCUUCACAUGUAGUUGAUCAGGCUGUUGAUUGUGGCCUGUAGAAUGUUGUCCCACAUUAGGGCUGUGGUGGUCAUGACAUUUUGUCAGCCGGUUAUUGUCAUGCAAAAGUGGCCUGUCUCAUGGUUAUUUACCGUUAAUUAACAUAAGCACGUUCAGCAUCUCCAGGCCUCCACACAUACAAGCCGCUGAUGUGCGCCUUUGGAACAGCUACAUAAAAAAAAGUCUUAAUAAACUAAUUUAAUGUACACCAUCACAAUAAAUCCAUUAUUUAUUUGGGUCAGGUCUGAAGAAAAUAUACACUACAUAACCAAAAGUAUGUGGACACCUGCUCGUCGAACAUCUCAUUCCAAAAUCAUGGGCAUUAAUAUGGAUUUGGUCCCCUUUUGCUGCCUUCUGGGAAGGCUUUCUACUAGAUGUUGGAACAUUGCUGCGGGGACUUGCUUCCAUUCAGCCACAAGAGCAUUAGUGAGGUCAGGCACUGAUCUUUGUAUUUCAGGUGAAUAGAAUAUGAGUUGGCAGACUGUAGGCCUAUGUUAUCUGGCUAUGCAUCAUGCUGUAGGCUUGUUCAUUUAGCUGAAAAAAAUAUGCUUGUAAGUCCCAUGCCAUUAUUUUAUGAUUUUCUUUAGUAAGAAGAAUAUAAUUGUACUUAGCUGAAUUAAAUAGAAAGGAUAUUUUUUCCAUUACAGAGCGAGUGCACAUAUGAAGUGACUAUGUUGAGCAUAAAAGGGAUAAUUUGAAACUGGUCCUAUAUGCUAGAUUUAGAGUUAUUUGGCAACUUUAGUUGUGAACGAUACACACCUUUUAUGUCUUAGAAAUCAACAUAUAUGGACUGCAUGGUGCGACUAUAGACUAUUGAUGAUUUGAGAAAGUAGCAAAAAAAGCUUGUGCUCUGUUCCUUGCCUCAAGCUGCACAGCUGUUCUCUCAGUAAGUGAUCAUAUUUUCACCCAUCAGACUAUUCUCCAAUUUCAAUCUUGUCUUUACUAAUAUGUAAAAUUAGUUUACAUUUAGAAUGGCCCAUUAUCAAAAGGGCAGGGGAAAAAUACAUGUAUGCUGUAGAAUAGCGAAUGGAGACCGUGUGCUUUCCCGCCUGUCCGUUUUGUAGGCUACUUCGGUUUUAUAGCGUAGUUGUGCUUAAUAUGAGCAGCUGAAAAAUAGAUAUAAGAACACUUAUUUCACUCCACGCAUCAACCGCUGUUUGAGGCGCAUGCUCUCGUUGCCUGACUGGUGAUAUUCCGCCCAAACUCUGUAUGCCAUGGGCUCUCCAACCUUAUUCCUGCAGCUACCCAGUGCUUAAUUUGGGAAACCAAGUGAAAUCUGUUCGGGAACAUCGAUAGUAACAUGUUUUCGCAACAAAACCUAUAUUUCACUAAACUGUUGACAGCCCGUCUGCUAGCUCGAGAAUGGAAUAUAGGAGAGCAAGGAGGAGAUGGAAACGCAUGGUGGUGAGAUUCUGUAUAGCUAAAGGUAAUGUAACCCAAUUAAUUAAGAAAAUAUAAAAAAUGCCUUAUUACUAGGCUAUUCAAAAAAAAAUACAAAUUCAAUAUAAUCGUAGGCAACAGCAAGCCGCCCUGCACAAUCAAUGAACCAACAGCAUCGCCUAGGGCUAUACGUUCUCUCCCAGACUCAUGGAUAGAAAUGUUGGUGUAGCGUAAGGUAACCAGUCCAUCCAGUAUGCAUAAUAAUACAGUCCACACUCAAAAGGUGAUUACUCGAAUUCUGUUUGAUUUUGGACUAUAGGCUAGACCAAUUAUGUACCAAAUACAUCUUAAAUCAAUUUAGUUUUAUGUUUUUCUGCGAUGGUAAUAUGUGGUAGGCUAUGUAUUGUAUAACGGCACAAUCAUCAUUCUAAUACAGGGUUUUCUGGGCUUGGGCUCAUAAGCCUAUGCAUAAGCUCUAAUACGCUUAUGGGUGUCUUGAAUUAAUCAUCACCUUAGAAAGUGCUGUCCAUUUCGUUGUGUUAGGCUUUGAAACAACAUCCACAACAACCAUGUUUUACACUGUUUCAACCUGCUGUUGAACUAAUUUCUUCAAAUUGAUCAUCACAGUGAGGUGAGUUUUAAAAGUAUGAUAGGCCUACUGUUUUCAUAAGUGUUUGAUGUGAUUUUUGAUUGCAUUUGCAUUGAUGUUAGAGGGACAAUAGAGCCCUAAGUACCAGGCCAUUAGGACCUGAUGGUAGUUAGCAAGUUGGGUACUACCAAAGCAUGUCCAGAGUGCAUCAAAGGAGAUUACAGUGACUCAACGGUCAUGACUUCUGGUGUGGCGGUAAUACAGUCACCACAACAGCCCUAGUCCCACUCCUCUUCAAUGGCUGUGUGAAGUUGCUGGAUAUUGGCAGGAAUAGGAACAUGCUGUCAUACACGUUGAUCCAGAGCAUCCCAAACAUGCUCAAUGGGUUACAUGUCUGGUGAGAAUGCAGGCCAUGGAAUGAGAAUACUGGCCAUGGAAGAAACUGGGAAAUGUUCAGCUUCCAGGAAUUGUGUACAGAUCCUUGCAACAAGGGGCCGUGCAUUAUCAUGCUGAAACAUGAGGUGAUGGUGGCAGAUGAAUGGCACGACAAUGGGCCUCAGGAUCUUAUCACCGUAUCUCUGUGCAUUCAAAUUGCCAUCGAUAAAAUGCAAUUGUGUUCGUUGUCCGUAGCUUAUGCCUGCCCAUACCAUAACCACACCACCACCAUGGUGCACUCUGUUCACAACGUUGACAUUAACAAACCGUUCGCCCACACAAUGCCAUACACACGGUCUGCCAUCUGCCCGGUACAGUUGAAACCGGGAUUCAUCUGUGAAGAGCACACUUCUCCAGCGUGCCAGUGUUCAUCAAAGGUGAGCAUUUACCCAUUGAAGUCGGUUACAAUGCCGAACUGCAGUCAGGUCAAGACCUUGCUGAGGACGACGAGCACGCAGAUGAGCUUCCCUGAGACAGUUUCUGACAGUUUGUGCAAAAAUUAUUCAGUUGUGCAAACCCACAGUUUCAUCAGCUGUCCCGGUGGCUGGUCUCAGACGAUCCCGCAGGUGAAAAAGCCGGAUUUGGAGGUCCUUGGCUGGUGUGAUUACACGUGGUCUGUGGUUGUGAGGCCGGUUGGACGUACUGCCAAAUUCUCUAAAAUGUUGGAGGCGGCUUAUGGUAGAGAAAUGAACAUUCAAUUCUCUGGCAACAGCUCUGGUGGACAAUCCUGCAGUCAGCGUGCCAAUUGCACACUCCCUCAACUUGAGACAUCUGUGCCAUUGUGUUGUGUGACAAAACUGCACAUUUUAGUGUCCUUUUAUUGUCCCCAGCACAAGGUGCACCUGUGUGAUGAUCAUGCUGUUUAAUCAGCUUCUUGAUAAGCCUGUCAGAUGGAUGGAUUAUCUUGGUAAAGGAGAAAAGCUCACUAACAGCAAUGUAAACACAUUUGUGCACAAUUUGAGAAAUCAUAUUUUUGUGUGUAUGGAACAUUUUCUGGGAUCUUUUAUUUCAGCUCAUGAAACAUGGGACCAACACUUUACAUGUUGCAUUUAUAGUUUUGUUCAGUGUUCAUUGUAUGGAAUCUUUUGCCAUCUAUACAUGUUUUAGCAACUUGUGUGCUGUAGAUAGAUGCAUUGGUGACAUGGGGUGUCAUCUAAUGACCACUAACAUGCCCCCCCCCCCCCCCUCCCCAGGUGCUGAUGGUCAGGAGGUCCUCCUGGUGGCUAUCCCAGAGUUCAGCAGCACUCAGACAGCCUGCCUAGUCAACCUCCGGACUCUGGAGUGUGAGCCAAUCCACUUCUCUUCCUUCUCCGCUGGUGACGACGAGGAGAGUGAGAUGAACAUCAGCCACUGA